AUGUUCGUCAUUUGUGCAAUUCUGUUAUCACUUACAUUACAAUAUAAUGUAUAUUCAAGGGAGUUAGGUCAAAAGCAACUGUACUCUCUGGAGGAGGCUCCAACACUUUUCGAACAGUUUAUAAAAGAUUACAAUAAAGAGUAUGAUGAGAACGAGAAGGAAGAAAGGUUUAAAAUAUUUGUGAACAAUUUAAAGGACAUUAACGCUAUGAACGAGAGGAGUUCCAAUGCUGUUUAUGGUAUCAAUAAGUUUUCGGAUCUGAGCAAAGAGGAAUUCAUAAAAUAUUAUACUGGUCUGAAACGAGAGGAGAUUCCAUCGAAUGAGGAUCAUAAAAGUACUGAUUUGCCAGAAUCAUUUAAUGUUACUGCACCGGAUCAAUUUGACUGGCGAAAGAAAGGAGUCGUUACUAGUGUAAAGAAUCAACGACAUUGUGGUUCAUGCUGGGCAUUUAGUGCGUCUGCUAAUGUUGAAAGUAUAAAUGCUAUAAAGACUGGUAAGCUCAUCGACGUGUCUGAACAACAACUAGUGGAUUGUGAUACCGGCUAUGAUGGGGGAUGUUCAGGAGGGUUACAGUGGGUUGCCAUGAGUUAUUUCCGCCAAUACGGUGCAAUGUCAUUGAAGUCUUAUCCUUACGUCGCUAAAGAAGCAAGUUGCCAUUAUGAUAGCAGGAAAGUUGUAAUCAGAUUAAAGGACUAUAAACAUGUUACACAAUUAACGGAAGACCAAAUUAAGGAACAUCUUUAUAAUAUCGGGCCAUUGAGUAUAGGUAUAGCAGCAGCACCAAUUUUAUCUUAUACAGGUGGAAUUGUUAUCGAAGAGUGUCAUAACAGCUUUGAGGUCAAUCACGCAGUUCUUUUGGUAGGAUACGGAAAAGAAAACGGCGUUGAAUACUGGAUCGUCAAGAAUUCUUGGGGUCAGAAUUGGGGGGAAAAAGGCUAUUUUAGAAUGAAGAGAGGAGUCGGAAACUUUUCAGACCACCCUGGUAUAAAAGAUUACAAUAAAGAGUAUGAUGAGAACGAGAAGGAAGAAAGGUUUAAAAUAUUUGUGAACAAUUUAAAGGACAUUAACGCUAUGAACGAGAGGAGUUCCAAUGCUGUUUACGGUAUCAAUAAGUUUUCGGAUCUGAGCAAAGAAGAAUUCCUAAAAUACUAUACUGGUCUGAAACGAGAGGAGAUUCCAUCGAAUGAGGAUCAUAAAAGUACUGAUUUGCCAGAAUCAUUUAAUGUUACUGCACCGGAUCAAUUUGACUGGCGAAAGAAAGGAGUCGUAACCAGCGUAAAGGAUCAAGGACAUUGUGGGUCAAAUUGGGCAUUUAGUGCGUCUGCUAAUGUUGAAAGUAUAAAUGCUAUAAAGACUGGUAAGCUCAUCGACGUGUCUGAACAACAACUAGUGGAUUGUGAUAAACAGGAUUACGGAUGUGAUGGAGGAUACCCUUGGAAUGCCAUGAGAUAUUUCAAACGAUACGGUGCAAUGUCAUUGAAGUCUUAUCCUUACGUCGCUAAAGAAGGAAGUUGUCUUUAUAAUAGCAGUAAAGUUGCAAUAAGAAUAAAGGACUAUAAACAUGUUACACAAUUAACGGAAGACCAAAUUAAGGAACAUCUUUAUAAUAUCGGGCCAUUGAGUAUAGGUAUAACAGGAGCACCACUUUCAUCGUAUACAGGUGGAAUUGUUAUCGAAGAAUGUCAUAACAGUUUUGUGAUCAAUCACGGUGUUCUUUUGGUAGGAUACGGAAAAGAAAACGGCGUUGAAUAUUGGAUCGUCAAGAAUUAUUGGGGUCAGGAUUGGGGGGAAAAAGGUUAUUGUAGAAUGAAGAGGGGAGUGAACUGCUUAUUGCUGGCUGCCAGCGGAAUUUUGACAGCUGUUAUAUAG